CGGAUUUCCUGCACUUCCUCUUCUCCCUCAAGAGUCAAGACUGUCUGUUAGCAGCAGUUCCUUCCGGCAACCACUUCCUCCGGCGACAAUGGCCACCAGCACCGUCGGCCUAUCUCCCUCGCCUAUUCGUUCGCUCACUUCAAGCCCGUCGCUUCCUCCUCGAGCCCGAAUCGCUCCUUCCCUCCCCUUCGCCUCCCGCCUCAAACCCCGCCUCGCCCUCUCCCCGCUCCCCGCGGCGCCGCGCCGCCCCGCCGGCCCCCGCCGCUCCCGCGUCUCCGCCGCGCUGACGAGCAUCUCCGAGACCGAGCCCGUGUCGGUGCCUGCCGAUUCCGGGGAGCUCGCGGGGAGGUUUCCCUCCGCUUCCGGUGUCUACGCCGUCUACGACGGGGCGGGCGAGCUUCAGUUCGUCGGGAUCUCGCGGAACAUCGCGGCCAGCAUCGCCGGUCACCGGAGGUCCGUCCCCGAGCUAUGCUGCUCCGUCAAGGUUGGUGUUGUUGAUGAACCUGAUAGAGUGGCUCUCACUCAAGCAUGGAAAUCUUGGAUGGAGGAACACAUGGCAGCCACUGGGAAGGUGCCACCUGGAAAUGAAUCGGGAAAUACCACAUGGAUCCAGCAGCCACCCAAGAAGAAGCCCGAUCUUCGCCUCACACCUGGCCGCCACAUGCAGUUAACCGUCCCUCUGGAGGAACUGAUUGAUCGGUUGGUCAAGGAGAACAAGGUGGUGGCCUUUAUCAAAGGAUCAAGAAGUGCUCCGAUGUGUGGGUUCUCACAGAGGGUUAUUGGCAUCCUAGAAAGCGAAGGGGUGGAUUACGAGAGUGUCGAUGUGCUCGAUGAAGAGUAUAACUAUGGUUUGAGGGAGACACUUAAGAAAUAUAGUAAUUGGCCCACAUUUCCACAGGUCUUUGUGGAUGGCGAAUUGGUAGGGGGCUGUGACAUCUUGACCUCCAUGUAUGAGAAGGGUGAGCUCUCUGGCUUGUCUAAAAAGUAAAGCGUAAGAUUUUGUGACUGCUUUCAUGUUGAGAUAUAGAGUGAAUACUCUGAGAGCUCAUCCUGGGUCAACUUGAGUAAAUUGUUUUCCCAAAUUUUUAUGUCAGUUGAUCAAAUGUAACCAUUACUGAAGCAGAUUUAAAAGAAGUUCUCUGUCGAUGAGUUGUCUGGGUAUGGUUCAUUUUUCUCUGCUCGUCUACUUCAGCUGGAUCUUGUUAAGGUUUCUCCCUACAUAUUGCUACUAUUCCUAUGAGUCAA